UAGUGGAAUUAUUACUACCUGUUUAUGAGUCUAUCCUGUGCAGAAGCGGUUGCCUCUGGGAAAUGUAUAGAAAUCUCUUAACCCUGAGAAUAGCGGCAAUUAAAUCCGAUCUUUCAAAUAUUAACAAGAAGCCCUGUAAAAGAUCGUUGUUUUUUCUGCCAAACCUAUUAUUGUGCAACUGGUUUGGUGUGUUAGUACAAGACAAAGGGUGCGCUUUGCCAAAGCAGGAGGUGCUUGUUAUUGCUUGAGAAAUGACAGCGGGUUACGUGCUGCUGUAGUCUGAUCCCGUUGGGUAUCUCUAAGCUGGGCUGUGUUUGAGCAGCUGCAUUAUGAAGCAGCAGCUAAUAGCUCCUAAAUAUUCAAUACAUCUUUUUGCAUUUGAGUGUCACCUUGCGGCAGCCCUUGGUUCACAGGUCACAUUCUGUUCCUUAUUUUUCAUCUGCCUCUUUCCUCCUGAGCCCUCCUGCUGGCUCUUGCUGCCAAAUGCAGCAAAGAGGGUGAUGGGGGUGUAGGACCCUCGAUGUCUAAUCUGGGGUUGCAGUGCUGGCUCGGUCGGCUCCGAGCGCCCGAACGCCUUGCUGAAGAAACAUGUUUUCUUCGGAGCUGCGCAGCAGAGUAACCUCUGCUCCGGGUGACCUGAUGAGAAAUGACCUCCUGGCCAGGACCCAAACAAAACAUAGGAUUAACUUUGCCCUGUGUGCGUGUGCUGGCUUGGAGCUCUUAGGAGUCAGUGAGAGCGCUUAAUCCAGUCGGUCUGGGAGGAGGUGUGCCCGUAGACAUGGGAGCCAAGCUGCUGUGCCUCUUCCUCGCCUCUGCCCUCCUUGCUUACUACAUCUACACCCCCAUUCCUGAGGACCUUGAGGAGCCCUGGAAAGUGAUGUUUAUCACGGCUACCUUCAGGGCCAUGGGGCAUCUGGCUGAGGUUGCUGAUCAGCUGGGUCUGAUGCACUACAUGGAAACUCUGAUGCUGAUCACAGCGGCUGAGUACGUCGCGCCCACGUCUGAUGAAAACGUCACCGUGAUGGACACAGAGUUCAGCAACGUUGCCGUCCGUCUGUACCUGCCCAGAAAGGCGGCUGAUGGGCUGAGAAGGGCGGUGGUCUACUUCCAUGGUGGAGGAUGGUCCCUAGGACACGCAGGCAUGAAACCCUAUGAUCAUCUGACAAGGUGGACUUCAAACAGGUUAAAUGCUGUUGUGGUAUCAGUCAAUUACAGGUUGGCACCUAAAUACCAUUUUCCUGUUCAGUUUGAAGAUGUAUAUUCGGUAACGAAGUUCUUCCUCCAGAGCAGCAUCCUCUCCCAGUAUGGGGUGGACCCAGAUCGGGUCUGUGUGGCAGGAGACAGCGCAGGUGGCAACUUAGCUGCAGCUGUGGCACAACAGCUGUUAAAGGACCCUGAAGUCAAAACUAAACUCAAAGCCCAAGCUUUGCUUUACCCUGCUCUUCAACCCCUUGACCUGAAUUUGCCAUCUUACCAAGAAAAUGAAAACAAGCCCAUUUUACCCAGGUUGCUUAUGGUCAAGUUCUGGAGUGAAUAUUUCACUUCUGAUUCAUCUCUCAGGGAAGCGAUGGCCUCCAACAGGCACGUCCCAGUUGAAUCGAGCCACUUAUUUCAGUUUGUAAACUGGAGCAAUUUGCUGCCUGAAGAGCUGAAGAAAGGUCAUGUUUACACCAGUCCCACCUACGGAAGCUCCGAGCUUGCAGAAAAGUACCCGGGGUUUCUGGAUCCGAGGGCGGCCCCGCUGCUGGCGAGCGAUGCCCAGCUACGUGGGCUGCCCCUCACCUACGUCCUCACCUGCGAGCACGACGUCUUGCGGGAUGACGGAGUCAUGUACGCCGGGCGCCUGCAGGCAGCGGGCGUUCCCGUCACGCAUGACCAUGCCAAGGAUGCCUUUCAUGGGGUGAUGAUGUUUGUCUUGGGUCCAGCCAAGUUAGCUGUAGGGUAUCGGCUGUUGAACAGAUACGUUGAGUGGUUAAAUGAGAAUCUAUGAGUUGAACACGUUGCUCUAGUAUGCCUGGCUCGCAUUCACUGGGUGCGAUUGAGGAGCGUAGGAGAAUAGGAGCUACGUGAGUUUUUGGCCGUGAUUGCCAUCUCUGUUACGUUGCCCUGCAGUGUCUGGAUUGCAGUGUUUCUCAUCUUCUCUGGCAGGAAAAAUCGGUCUGAUUCUAACCUAAGUGUUCUUUCAGUGCUGUUGUCUGAGUUCAGAACCCCAUGAACUGCUGGGACUGCCCUGGGCUUUCUCUCCUGGCUCAGACCAGAAGGGUUGGUGUGCCCGACCCUGCCUGCACGCUGCCUGAGCUCCUCCAAGCCCCCGGCUGGCACGGCGUGUGGGACUUGAUGUCUUGCGUCGGUCGCUUCUUGUUUCUUCCUAUUGCGACGUCUUCGCAUCGCAGGCUUGUGCGAAUGGGCAAGGUCACUGCGUGCGCGUGGGAGGUGCUUGCUGGCCGCUUGCCCCCGUCCCCUUGCCCCGUGGGACGUGUCGGCGAGGCCCCGCUGCUGCGCUCGGGCGGUGGGGUGAGCAGAGGCGCGGGGACCCAACUUCAUGAAGUACGAAGCCGCUUGUGAAACCCUGCCCAUCGCAGGCGGCUGCUGGGUUUGUGCUGUUGUCUGUUUCCAGCACGGCUGGAGGGAAGCACUUGAAAACUGAGUGGGAUGGCUGUAACAAUGCAAAUAUUUGGGGGGUUUUUUUGGUUUUGUUUGUUUGUUUUAAAAAAGCACCUGUCUUACUCAGUAAUCACUUUCUUUAGUCCCUCUGCUAGAAGGAAGUAGUGUAACAAAACAGCACUGGAUAUUCAUCAGAUAAGGGAAGACUGUGAAGGUCCUAGCCUUACAGUAGCACUGCUGUAUGUUUUAUGCUCUACUUAAUUAAUUAGAACAUAACUUAUUUAAUAUCCUUAAAAUUGUUUAGCAGUUUUUACAUAUGAAUUUUUAAAAAUAAAAUCAGCUUAGUAGCUUUAUAGGCUUGAAAGAAACACAAUUCAGCUGUCAGUCUUGAACAAAUAUCCUCUAUAUAAAUGUUUUGUGUAUUAAAUAUAAACCCUAAAAAUUUUGAAUGAUUAAUGCACACAUUGGUUGGCUAUUGGUUUUAAACUGAUGACAGCACACCACAAACAUGUACUUCUAGCAUCCUGCUUUUUUCUUUUGCAUGAAAGAUACUGAAUCUUCAAUAAUUCUGUUUUUUUUUUCUGAGUGUGUGUACAGCCUGUUCUUUUUCGUCUUUAUUAAAUUGAAUAUAAAAAUUAAA